AUGGGGAAGCUGUCAACACAAAAUGUUGUGCAACUGUUAAUCAACAGUUUUUCACUCAAGCCUAAUGGUGUAUGGACCAGCGAAGCAGCAGACGUUUUUAAGAGUAACAAAACUGCCCUUCAGAUGGAAGUGAUCGAGUAUCAGGAAGAUUCCGCUUUAAAGGAGGUUUAUACUGAAGUUCUAGAAUCCAGAAACGCUUGCAUGUGGAUUAAAUAUGUGUGUGACAAAAAAUAUCCAGAACUAAAAUCUUUGGCAAUGAAACUGUGA